UGUAGCCGGAUAAAUCACCAUUGGAAAUCUGGUAAAACAAGAGUUUUACUUGAAAACCUAUGAGCAAGAAGCGUAAGCUGAAAUGCAGAACUUCUUCGGAACUCUGCUGUGACACUGUGCCAAGCCGUGAGGUCACAGCACCUCUCCGUGACGCUGCGAGGGCCAUGAGGUCCCAACGCUGCUCCGUGACACCGUGAGGGCUGCAAGGUCACAACACCCCUUGGUGAUGCAGUGCUGGGCUGUGAGGUCCCGACACCCCAUUGUGACGCUGGGCCGGGCCACAGGCACUGCUCCGCACCAGUCCUGACAGCAGCACUAGCUGCAGCUGCAGCGGUGGUGGUGGAAGCAUGGUGCGAGUGUGGGGAGCCACGGCCCCUGCCUGCCUCCUCUUCCUCCUCCUGGUGGCCCUGUGUGCCCGGGGUGCCCAGGCUGCACCAUGGCAACCACCGGGAGCAGGUGAUGACGAUGCUGGUUCUCCAUAUCCAGCUUCUCAGCUGGAUCCUCGUUUGGAGCCUCAGGAGGAUCCCCGAGGCAGUACUGGUCAAGUGCCUCCAUGGAAUCCUGCUCCUGAGCCUGCCAGUAUGGGUCCCACAGGUGCAGUUCUCGCAGGCACUGGCUACUCGACACCUCAGCCUGAUGUGGACCACGAGCCUCAGGUUAAUCUGCCAGAUGGGACCAAAGGCGAAGGUGAUCCAGGUUCCCAGAUGGGUUCCAGAACUGAAGCUCUGGGAGAUGGCCUGGGUCCUCUAAGAGCAAAGGAUAAAGAUGAAAGAAUAAAACCUUCCCUGUUGUGCUCUCACAUCAUAGAGAAAAUCUGGAAGGACUUAGAGGAGGCAGCACCUGGGAUGGUUAGAGAGACUGUGCCGAAGGAGGUGCUUUGGCAAGGAAGCGGUCGCACGCUGCCGCUCCCUGGCAAAAGAACAGAGGCAACACAGGCAACUGCUACACCAGGCGUGGAUGGGGAGAACAAUGCAAACACUGCAAAGCCCCAAAAUUUCGGAAGUUACUGCAUAGAAGGCACUGCGGCAUUCUUGGUUCCCCUCCUGCUUGUGACAGUUGCGUGCUGCGUGCUUAUCUGGCGUUGGAGGCAGAAAAAUCAGCGCCUCGCCGCAGCCCAGGCAGCCCAGACUGACACCUGCAGCCGCUCCGUGAGCCUGUACAUGCGGCCUGACCACCGUGGUAUGCCUGAGAGCCAGGCCCAACGCCAGCGGCCACCAUCAGUGCCUGGAAGACCGGCCCGCCUGCCACCAGCCCAGCCUCCACAGCCCCCACACCCAGCAGCAGACCAAUGGAAGGCGCGCGACCGGCCCAGUACCCCCCAGUCCUUGUGGACACAGACAUCACCUCCACGGCCCCCCGCACCCUCUUCCAAGGGCUGGGGCAGGCCCCCCCAGGGUGCAGCCCAGGCCACAGUUUCAAUAAAUAUUGAAUAAUACAG